AUGUCCAGUCGAACGAGUCUCACACAUUUGCGCAGUCUGUUAGUGAUCGCUGUGCUUAUAGUAAGUGCAGUAGCCGCCGGAAAAGACUUUACAGGACGGGUGGCACAUGGAGGCACCGUCGGAUUGGGUGUAAAGCAAUGGGACCCAGUAUGCGCAUACGCCUGUCGUAACUCUGCGGCUGGCUUCAUGCUCGACUGUGGAGAGUCUCAUCACGGUAUGGAUCAUGGAUCAAUGAUGAUGCAUCAUAUGCCAUCACCUCAGUGUUAUGCUACGAAUGAAUUUUUCAUGCAGACAUUAGCUUGGUGCAUCCAUACCCAUUGCCCUCAGGACACGCCCAUUUCGAAGUUGGAGACGUACUGGGAGAUGAAUGUUGCGGGACGCAAGGAUAACCAGCCGUUGCCAAAAUAUUCAUACCAAGAUGCUCUAGCCCGCAUUAUUGACCCGCCAAUGGAGAUUGUCAACUCUACCGAGAUACUGAACCGAACAUCGUUGGUUAACGAGUGGUUCUACUCCGCCAACUACGGGGCGCUUUCCGCUAUUGAGAAAAAUAUCUCUGUUGAUAACGUUUAUACUCUCGUCAUCGUAUUAACAUGUACCCUCGGCCCGAUACUUCUUUCCCUUGUCCGAUUUCUACCGAUUCCGCAACCUCUAGCUACGCGAAUUUACUCGACUUUCAUUGACCCACCGGCAUUUGGAUCCAACCAUGCGGUACCAACGUUCUUUGGUAUGGGAAUUACCCCUACUCGAGGACAAGCACUCUUCAUAAUGUAUAUCUGGGGUAUCAACAUAAUCCUCUCUGGAGUGUCAUACACCAUUGUAUCCCCAAACCUCUGGUACGAAGGCCCACAAGCCGUCGCAAUGUCAAUCGCAAACCGCGUUGGCAUGCUAAGUUUUGGAAACCUUAUCCUUUCAAUCCUUUAUUCCAGCCGAAACAAUCUCCUACUCUAUGUUACAAAUUGGUCUCGCUCGACAUUUGUGCUACUUCAUCGUUGGCUCGGAUUUUUAACCAUUAUUCAAGCAUGUUUACAUUCUGUCCUAUAUCUCCAGUUUCAAGUUAAGCUCGGUACUCAUGCGGAAGAAGCCGCUUAUCCAUAUUGGUAUUGGGGUAUCAUCGGCACCCUUGGGUUUACUCUUAUCCUUCCAUUCUCUAUUCUUCCUAUCCGUCACAAGAUGUACGAAUUAUUUUUGGUUUCUCAUAUAGUUUUGUUCUUGAUUGCGAUCAUUGGCACUUUCCUUCAUGUCUAUUUUCGUUACUAUUGGCAGUGGGGUUACGAGAUUUGGGUUGCAGUUGCGUUCGCGUUCUGGGGGUUCGACCGUUUCGUCAUGAGGCCGAUCAAAAUAGUACAGAACGGGCUCGUAAGAAGGGCUCACAUCUCUGUCAUCGACGAAGAUUACCUCAAAGUCGAGAUUCCUGGCAUCGACACCCAAGGUCAAGCCUAUCUAUAUUUCCCAACAUUGACCUGGCGUAUCUGGGAAAACCACCCGUUUUCAGUGUUACCACUCGCUCCAGCGUCACGGAGCACUACACCUUCUGAAGACUUAGAAGCUGGCAAAGAGGGUGGACCGGAAGCUAAAACUCGGAUUGCUCAUGUUGGUGACGAGGAAAAAAGGGGUCCAGGCAUCGUAUUCUUUAUCCGACGGAUGGGUGGGCUUACGUCUAAGCUCGCUGCACAUACCGGUAAUCCCAACGGUGUUAUGACACUGGUGGAAGGGUCUUAUGGUCCUGAGUCUUCCAUCUUAAACUCGCCGAUCCCUCGCCCGUCUACUCAGUACCCAAAUCUACUAUUCUUCGCUGGUGGAGUGGGUAUCACCGGUGUUCUUCCACUGCUCGAUCGACCUUUCUUAGCUUCCGCUCCCGGCACAACUAAACUCUUCUGGGGAGUACGAACAGAGCCUCUCGUCCGAGCAGUAGAAGAUCUCUUGGGUGAUCAGGGUGUGGGGAAUUUCGUCGACAACAAGGCAAGAUGGGGUAACGCCGAUGUCAAAGUAUCCAUCGGUGAGCGCAUUAACAUCAAAGAAGUGUUAGAAGUCGAACUAUUAGGGCAGAAUGGUAAUGGUGGCACCACGGUUAUGGUUUGUGGACCUCCAUCUAUGAGAGAUGAUGUUAGAGUAAUGGUCGCCCAGCUCGGGAAAAGGGGCGCUAUCGUGAGGUUUACUGAGGAUCAGUACGGCUGGUAA